AUGGCAUCUCUAAAACUAGUCCUUCCACUCUUCUUCAUCCUCUCCGCCGCCGCCCAACCAUCUCCGUCUCCACUUCUCCCUCCGCCGUCAACCACUUCUUCUUCCCUGUCCGACGCGGCGGAGACCCUGGCCAACUCCGGCUACAUCGCGAUGUCACUCACCCUCCAAUCCAUCGUCAGCCAACGCAUCCUCCUUUCAUCAUCAUCAUCAUCAUCAUCAUCAUCAUCCCUCACCAUCUUCUCCCCUCCGGACUCCUCCUUCGCCUCGUACGGGCAGCCCUCCCUCUCCCACCUCCUCCUCCACUUCUCCCCCGUCUCCCUCUCCCCCUCCGCCCUCCUCUCCUUCCCCUUCUCCACCCCCCUCCCCUCCCUCUCCCCCUCCAAACACCUCCUCCUCACCUCCUUCCAAUCCCACCAGAUCUCCAUCAACAACGUCCCCGUCUCCGCCCUCCCCCUCCUCGACGACGGCUUCCUCCUCGUCUACGCCAUCGACUCCUUCUUCGACCCCAACUUCACCCUCCCCCUCCCCCUCUCCAUCAACCCCAACCCCCAAUUCCUCCUCUGCACCAAGCUCGAGCCCCUCUCCCGCUUCCGCGACGCCGCUGGGGUGCUCAAGUCCAGGGGCCGCUCCAUCAUGGCCUCCUUCCUCGAGCUCCAGCUCCUCGGCUUCCUCGACGACCGCGGCGGCGACGACUGGACUCUGUUCGCGCCGCCGGAUCACGAGCUGGUGGGGUUCUCCGGGGACUUUCUUGAGUACUCGUCGCUGCUGGCCAGGCACGUGGCGCCCUGCAAGGUGUGGUGGAUCGACCUCGAGGGGUCCGAUGGGAGCGCGGCGCCGAUCUUGAAUGUGAAGGGGUAUGCCUUGAAUGUCAGCAAGGAUGGUGAGAUGCUGUUGGUGAAUGGAGUUCAGAUUUCGUUUCCGGACAUGUAUGAGAGUGGGAGGCUGGUCAUUCAUGGGAUCAGUGGGGUGAUUGCGCUGCCGGAGCUCGACGCCGAGGAGGAAGAGCUGGGGGAGGAGUUUCCGGAUCAAGAAACCCGAGCUGUCAAUUUUUCACUUUUGUUACUAUUUUCUUGAAUAGCCGCCAUUCUUUAUGUCAAAUGCUUACAUGAUGAGAAAUUGGUUUCAAGAAUCAAGAUUAAAAAAGAGGUGUACUACAACAUAAGAAAUCAAUCAGCCAACAAAAAGAGGUGAGCAAUGUCCUGUUUCCCCUCUUUAAAAGAGACUGCUUCACCUGCUUAAACAUGCGAUCUGCAAGCAUCACCUAUCCUCUUUUUAUGGCUUGAGCUUCUUUGUGGCAUUUUUACAAACACUUUGCAAUGCAAAGAUUGAUAUUUUUUAGGGAAAUGAAUUUGGGGUAAAAGAUUUAGGGAAAAUAAGAUAUGAUUUCGGUGAACAGCUUCAAAUUGAAGCUCUUGUGGGAUUUGUUUGGGUGAGAAAUAUGGAACAGUGUGGUGCAUGAGGCUUGUGGGUUGUAUUUGAAGAAUGAAGUGAUUCAACUUUUAAAAUGGUGACAAAA